AUGUCGGAACCCAAACCGACGCAGAAGGGCUCGGUGCUUAGCAACCUCGACGCAUCCGCCGAUGCUCCUCCGCCUCCCACCACCCCACCGAACCCCCGUUCCGUCUCCCCGGAAGACAAGAUGACGCUGUCGGACUCCAAAGAGACCAUCGAUGCACUUGCCUCCUCCAAGGAUGCCGAGCCCGAAGCCAAGAAGCGCAAACGCUCUCAGAGGGCCUGCAUCCGUUGCCGCGGUCAGAAGCUCAAGUGCGACGGCGUCUUCCCCUGCGCGCGCUGUCUCAAACUCAAGCUCGUCUGCAAGGAGCCCUCCGAAACCAACGCAGGCACCCCCUCCUCCAACAGAGUCAACUCGGACGACCGCGACGCAAAGGCACACACCGCUUCCUACACAUCUUCAAUCGCCGCGCACCCACAUUCGCAUCCCAACUCUCAGCUCACUCCCAGCGGCAUUCCAUCUCACGGCCCGGCGCUGCCUCCUUACGCAUCGUCCAGGCCAGACGGAGCCACCAGCGACAGGUCACGCUUCUUGAGCCAUUCGCACCUCGGCCCUCAGCAUCGCGAGGCCAUGAGCCACCACCCCUCCGACCGCUUCGGAUACUCGCUUCCGGACGCGGUGAGAAGGAUCGACUUGCUUGAACGCACCGUCUCUCGCCUCGUAGAGCGCGUCGAAGGCCAUCCAGCACCGCUCGAUCGCUCAAACCAUUACAAUCCCGGCCGACCCACCUCCUCUCGAUCCGCCGCUUCUCCGCACAAGCCAGAACGCAAGCGGGCACGCGCAGACUCCCCCGACGAUUCCGAUGCCGAAGUCGACGAGCUGCAGGAUGGCGCCUCGGAGGCGAGCGUGCCUCUUCAGUCUUUGUCGCACCACCAGCGACGCACCAGUCGUGAGGAGCUCAAUGGCGAGGCUGAGCAUUCCGCGCCGCCUCGAUCCUCUCACGGAGUGGCAGCUUCUCAGCCGCAUGCCUCGGCACCCGUCCAGCACGAUUCCGCCUGGUCAAACAGCAAUGGCGCUCGGCGCACACCAAUCUGCGAUCCCAUCGACGCCGGUUUCAUCACCAUCGAGCUGGGACAGGUGCUCCUCGAAUUCUUCCUCACUUACUGCCACGUCUUUGCACCCUUCCUCGAGCUGGACGAAAAAGUCAGCGUCUCGAGCCUGGCUGCUACAGAGCCCUUUCUGCUUUCGGUUCUUCUCGCCAUCGGAUCAUUGUACCACGACUCGCAUGGAAAGAACAGUCCUACAGUGCGCUCAGAGACCCACACUGGGCUGGCAUCGUAUGCGCUCUCACAGAUGGGCUCGCAAGUUUGCAGUUCCGAACCCACAAUCGGUUCCGUUCAGGCCAUCCUUCUCAUUGCGUACUGGCCUCAGGCUUUCCCGGGCUGUCCCGACGAAAAGUCGCUAUCGGGCCACGCUUCCAACUUGCUGCAGAGCGUCGCUAGACGCACCCAGAUCAGCACCAUCAACGGCGAACGGACACCACCCAGCCAUCCACAUCGCCUCUCGUCGGUCUGGACAUGCUCCAGGGCUUUCGAGGCGCUUGCAGCAAUUGACACCGGCAAAGGCAUGGACCUAAGCGAUCACGACCUCGCUCUGUCCAAGGCACCGCGACCCUCGCGUAGCUCGAUCCCGACUCCCUAUCUCGUGCGCGUCCUGCCCAUCGUCAAGGAGCUGCAGGUGUGGCUCGGCGAGGUCUCGUCGAACUCGCCACUGGCAGCUCUCGAGGCCGCUCCACCGGCUCCGCGCCCCAACCUCACUCACGACUGGGAUCGCUUCAAGUAUCUCCAGUCGCAACUUUUCGAUGUGGAAAAGCGAUGGCUGUCAGCCGAGACUGAUUGCAGCCGCCUAGAGAGGAUCGUCGGUCUCGUUGACCGCUGGACGCUGCAGAUCUACCUCGCGUCUAUCGCUCUCAGAUCUGCCGAGAUGGGCCGUCCGUCAAAGGCUCACGCUUCUGAGCGCGGGGCGGCAUACGACAUGCGCUACGACGAAGAAUCCGCGAGGUUCGUCGCUGCGUACAGGCACGAGAUUCGCCAAGCUUGCCAGGUCCUCUUGGACAUCUUCACCGAUCCAGAAAUCAGCGGCGCGCUCCUGUACGCGCCCGAUUAUCUUCUGCGCCGUUUCGGCUACGCAGCGACCGCUGCUGCUGUGCUGGUCGACUACCAUGACGCCGAGCUCACACGCUCAACUCAGGAGCUCAUCUACCUGUGCAGCAAGCGCUUCGAACAAAUCAGCCAGCUUGACAGCUCGACCUUCGCCUCCAACCUUGCCUGGUUCGUCAAGUCGAGCUACGAAAAGAUCGGCGGUCAGACCAACCGAGACGAGCACGACUCUGGGAUGGCAUCUGCCGCUCACGCCUCCGUGACGGUGGCAGACCGGCGCAGAUGGCUCGGCGGCGACGUCUUUAGCAUCUUCUUUGGCGUCGGCGUGCUCCUCGACGCCACUAUCGGACAGGUCGACUUUUGA